AUGAACACAACGGCUAAGAGUAGCAUCAUUUCGUUGGGAUCCACCACCCGGCCCGGAGGAUCGGAGGCUCCUGACUUCUUGAAUCAGAAAGUACUCGUCCCCAAAAGCACAACGGACUUGGACACUAAUCCGGUGCUCAGUGACAUCUCGCUCCCGGCAACCUUUGAACUGUCGCAAAGAGAACAGCAUGCUGAGAUACAUGACGAAAAUGAUCAUUUGCGCAAGCGAGUUGGGAACUUGAGCAGUCAUGCUUCCGCUGUCAACCCAGCUCGCCUCCCAAUUGGAAUAAGCGUUGAACGUACAAAGCAUGAUAGUUCCUUGGAAUCACAACAUAAAGCCCACGCAGCAGAGUCUGUAUGUGACAGUCCAGAUUCUGCAGAGCUCAGUUUUGAAGAUGGUGUCUUUCCUUCUCGAGUCCACCCCAUACCAUUGGAGAGCAACGCCCGCACGAAACGUUCAAGUAUAUACCAGGGAAGGCCGAGUGGUACGAUGCCAACGAGAGGCUUCAGCCGUACCUCCCACUCUACAUUUCUUGAAGGCGAUGAUAGGAAGUCUGUGAAAAGUAUGUCAUCUUCACUAACAGCGUCAUUUUCCAAGAGCUUUCUAUUCGGCUUUUAUCACACCUACAAAAAUGGGGCAAAGCCAUCCAAAAGUGUUCUUUCGAGAGAGUACUGGAUGAAAGAUGAGAGCGCCAGGGAAUGUUUUGCGUGUGCAAAGUCAUUUACUACAUUUAGGCGGAAACAUCACUGUCGCAUUUGUGGACAGAUAUUCUGCGGAAACUGUUGUUUUCUAAUAGACGGCGGGAAGUAUCAGCAUGCGGGAAAGGUGAGAGUAUGUCGAAACUGUCAUACACACUUUGACCAUUUAGACGACUCGAGCGACGAGUCCUCAGUUGACGAAAAUGAGCAGGCCACCCAAGUGACCACUAGUAACUCCCCGGAUAAGCGUGUACCAAAUUCCGAUGUUCUAUUACUGAAAGAUGACGAGGUCCAAAGUAUUCUGACUACUGGUGAUGGUACGAAUUUGUUUCGCUCUACUCCACCGCCACUUCCGAAGAUGGCUAUUCCUGCUACAAGACAAGGGGGCUCUGUUGAAAUCUCGAUACCAAAUAUGACGAGCCCUUACAAGAUUGAAGGCCCCUCUAGAUACCGGCCGAGCUUGAAAGAUCGGUUUACUAUCAGAGACGUUGACCUUCUACAGCCCUACGACAAGGAUGAAACUGGUAGUACGCUUGGGUCUAAUCGUCAAUAUCAGCCUGAAGGGCAGGCCAGUUUUCCUCAUAUCUUGAAUUUGAAGCACUCCAUUUCAAACUAUAUCACAAACACAACUGUAGGAGAUGAGCAAAAGGCAACCUUGCAUUCUUCAAAUUCGGUUAUCGAGAAUCUUUCCAGGAAUGAUUUUAAAUUCGAGUUCAACUACGGGAUGGGUAAUUUCCAAGGCUUCCUAAACUCAGCACAUUCUCAAUCCCUUCAAAUUAUCGAACGAAAACCGAGUAAACGUACAGAGUCUUCGCCAGUUCUGGCCUCUUAUAAUGAGGGCCCUCAUUUUGAAAGCGAGACGAAGCAUAGCGAUGAUGGGUCUGAGGAUGAGCGCUCCAUGUCUUUAUAUGCUGCACUCAAUGAUUCGCAUCAGGAGUCACAUUCCGUGAGGCCCACGAGGAGCAAUACAAAGUCACUUCAGAGGGCACAAGCGUCUCUUCAAAGAAUGAACUCUCGUAGGAAGAGUAGAGGUCGUGCUCUUCUAAACCCUAGUCUUAAGCUCAAGCCAUUCGAGUUUUUGACUCACAGCAGUCCCAAUCUCAAGUCAGUGAUAGAUAAAGAUGACGAUCACGACAAGUUAUCUGAGUCUCUCGCGAGCGUCGACCGAUCAAAGCCGCGAAGUGAGGCAAGUUCCUCUACGAGAGAUAUGAAACGUAUCAUUUCUACUGCGUCUGUCUUACGAUUGAAGUCUCAAGAGAGCAAGACUGAACUGAAUGAGGUAUCGCAAAUUCACAUGAACGCCUUACUGAAGCAAGUCCUAAGCGAUCAAGAUGUCGCCAAUGUCAGUGAUUGGAUUGACAUGUUUAAACCCAUCUUACAAAGCCUGCAGAGUAUUCGACUAGAUGCUCGGAAAAUGAAUGGACUUGAUUUCAAACAACACUACGUCAAAAUCAAACGAAUUGACGGGGGAGACAUAAGUGACUCUAAAUUUAUGAAUGGCAUAGUGUACUCGAAAAACUUGCCUCUCAAAACGAUGCCCCGAUUUGUGAAAUCUCCCAGAAUUUUGUUAGUCAUGUUUCCGUUAGAAUACCAAAAGAACGAAACCCACUUCAUGAGCAUAGAUUCUGUUAUGGCUCAAGAGAGAGAGUAUUUGAAAAAACUUGUUUCGAGGCUAACCGCCUUGAAUCCUGAUCUGAUUCUUGUCGGUGCCAACGUUAGCGGUUAUGCCUUAGAGUUACUCAAUGAUUCUGGCGUUGCAAUUCAAUUUAACAUGAAACCCCAAGUCAUAGAGCGUGUCUCUAAAUUGACAGAAGCGAGCAUUGCUAUUACAGUAGAUAAGCUCGCAACAAAUAUCAAACUCGGUAGUUGCGGCUCUUUCGAGAUAAAGACAUACCGUUAUGGUAAUAUAGUGAAGUCCUACACAUUUUUGGAUGACUGCAAAUUAUCAGAAGGUGGGACAAUUUUGUUACGCGGAUCCAACUCUGUAAUUUUGAGAAAAAUAAAGGACAUUACGGAGUUCAUGGUCUAUGCUGUUUUUUCCCUAAAAUUGGAGAGCUCCUUUUUCAGUGACAACUUCUUGCAACUUUCAGUUGAUUAUUACGAGAGGAUUGCCGAGAAUCGACAAAUUGCAUCGCAGCCUAGUUAUUUCACCGAUUUCAUUGAUAAAUUCCACCAGAGAAUUCUUUCCGUCUCGCCUACUGUUGAAUAUCCGAUACCUUUUCUAUUGGAAAAGGCUCGUGCUUUGGAACGGGAGUUGGUUGAAAAAGAGGAGGAAGGUGAGUUGCUUCUCAAAAACCCCGCUUUCCAUAGCGGUUACAUGAGUAAAAGUCUUAAAUAUCUUGGAUUGGAACCUGCUUUGACCAAUCGAGAUCUUAAACAGCUCGUGCGGUUUAUGCAUGAAAAGGACAUCGAGGAUUUGAAGGCACGGUUCAAGUGGCGGAGCCGACAGUGGGAGCUUUCAUACGCUCUUUCCAAGAACAUGCUCGGAACUGGCACACAUCAAACCAUCAACGUUUUGUAUUCGAUGAUAUCGAAGAAGACAGCAACCCCUUGCGUUGGACCACAAAUGGUAAGCAUUGACUUCUUUUGGGACACAGACAUUUCAAUAGGGCAAUUCAUCGAAAACAUCGUUCAGAUGGCGAACUAUCCCUGUGCUCAUGGUUGUGGUAGCCUACUUUUAGAUCAUUAUCGAAGUUACGUUCAUGGCACAGGAAAAGUCGACGUUCUGGUUGAGCAGUUCCAAAGCAGGUUACCAUCUCUCAAAAACGUUUUGUUGACAUGGAGUUACUGUAAGAGAUGUAACAGCUCAACCCCCAUUCUUCAAAUGAGCGAGAAAACGUGGAACUAUUCUUUUGGGAAGUAUUUAGAGCUGAUGUUUUGGAGUCGAAACAAAGGCAUCAAAACGAUUGGAAACUGCUGUCACGACUUUGCAAAGGAUCACGUCAAAUAUUUCAGCUUAAACGACUGGAUGGUUAGGAUGGAGUAUUCUGACAUCGAAGUGCAUGAAUUGAUAACUCCGCGCUCUCAAGUUACAUGGAAGCCUAACAUAGACAUAAAGCUCAAAGUUGAACUGUAUUACCAAAUUUUGGACAAGAUCAACAAUUUCUAUGCGAGCGUAAAUGACAGAUUAGAGAGGAUCAAACUCGAUAGCAUCCCGAGUGAGCGCGUCUCAGCGGGCGAAAAAAAAAUAUCGGAAUUGAAGGUAGAAGCAGAUAAAGAGAAAGAACUUCUUACAGAACUAACUGACUCGAUCUACAGAAACACACCAGGAAACCAGCACCUCCCACUGAAUGCUAUUAUACGGUCAGUUCACGACAAUGCUGCCGGGUGGGACUUGGAGUUUAUCGAAUUUGAGAAAACGUACUUACCUUCUGAAAGGGAUGUCGCCAGAAUCACUGCGGUGCAGCUAAAAAAGCUUUUCACAGAUUCUGUUAAAAACGAACAAGAGCAUAGGUCGCUAGCGAGGAGCUCUUUUGAUACUGAAGAAGAGUUUGAUUCAUCACUGCCACGAGAUCAGCGUUUCACGGGUGGGAGAUUAAACAGUUCGUUAUCUAAUGAUCUGGAAUUGCUGAAGGCCUUUGGAACCUCAAAAUUCGAAAAGUCAGGAGAGCUGGGGCGAUCGCCCAGUAAAAAACAACCUAUCGUUCGUCCCCGUCCACUCAUGGUUCACCACAGGACUGCACCGACUAUCAAUAAAAGUCUAUCGCGUGGACCACAAUCUGUCUCCAAAGACGAUAUAUUUGUGGAUGGCGCCGAAGUUGGGAAUAAUCUUGGCUUGGACUACACUAGAGUCAGAAAACCUUCCAGUGGGGCCUCUUCAACCGGAGUCUCCGAUGUUGCCCCUCAAAGCACAUCCUAUUUGAGCAGCCACAGUCUUGGGAGUAUUAAAAGCGGCAGCACACUCAAUAUUAAGGAUCAAACCUCUGAAAGUAAAGUGGGGCAGUUGGCGAAUUUCUUUGAUCGCAUUCACUUCGACGCUCUAUCGAGGGAGUUUGAAUUGCAAAGAGAAUUUGAAAGACUGCAGCUAAACAAAAACAAGUAUAAGGCUGUGAGGGUUGAAUCAUCCAAACCUAUCGUAGAAAUCUACAAAAAUGUGAAAGAUGCGGUCAAUGAGCCUUUGCAUACGGACAGUCAAAAAGUCAGACAUCCCUUCAACAAGCAACUGCAUCAUGACUGGAAAGAUAGUGGUAAGAAUGCUGAAGACAUUUCAAAUCCUAGCAAAGAGCUGGGAAACAAGUUAGAGCAUUCCAUUCACCAGUGGGGCGAGCAAAUAUUACGCGGAGAUGAAGAUCCGCCUAGUGGCGGGGGUACAAGGGCCGGUGGCGAAUCUGAGAAGACAGGCAGUGAUUUCAAUCUUGAAGCAGCUCAGGCAAUGGCAGAAUCCAAAACUCAGGACAGCUCAACCACUUCUCAGCCAGAAAGAUCUUCACUAAUGAAAAUGCUGGCAAAUUUUUGGGCCGAUCGAUCAGCCACAUUGUGGAAAUCCCUUGACUACCCUACGAUAUCUACCGAGCAUAUUUUUGUUGACAGUCUUGUGAUCAUCAGGGAAGAUGAACCAUCCUCUUUGAUAGCUUUCUGCUUGAGCUCGAAUGACUAUUUACAGAAGAUGAGUGCGCCCAUUUCAAAUAAAGGUGUCGGUAUCGAUUCGAGAUCUGUUGUAUCUCAAAAGGAUGAAUGCGACGCUAAUUCUUUACCAAGUUCUCUUGCCGAAGACGAGCACAGUACUUUAGGCGAUCAUGAAAGAUUCAAAAAAGGUGAUCUGAAUAAUAAUGCAAAGGGAACGCAGCGCCAAAGGCCGCCUAGCGUCGGAAGUACAAAUCCUCAAAAGAUCUCCGAUGCCAAAGUCAUGGUUGAAUCCGAGAAGCGAAGUUUGGAACAGAUAAUGACAAAAAAAACAGCUAUGCAUUUGCGUUACCAGUUUCAAGAUGGCAACUCCAUCAUGUCGUGCAAAAUCUUUUUUGCAGAGCAAUUCGAUGCCUUUCGCAAAACUUGUGGGUGUGAAGAAAGCUUCAUUCAAAGUCUCUCUAGGUGUGUCAAAUGGGACUCGAGUGGCGGGAAAAGUGGCAGCGCUUUUUUGAAAACUCUAGACGAUAGAUUUGUGAUUAAGGAACUUUCACACACUGAACUAGACUCUUUCAUUAAAUUUGCACCCAGCUAUUUCGAAUAUAUGGCACAAGCAAUGUUUCAUGACCUUCCAACAGCUCUGGCCAAAGUUUUUGGAUUUUAUCAGAUCCAAACCAAGAACUCAGAGAGUGGAAAGAGCUUCAAAAUAGAUGUUCUUAUCAUGGAGAACCUCUUCUACAAUAAAAAAACCUCGAGAAUAUUCGAUCUGAAGGGUUCAAUGAGAAAUCGCCAUGUCAAGCAGACAGGAAAAGAAAACGAGGUUUUAUUGGACGAAAACAUGGUUGAAUAUAUCUACGAGUCGCCUAUCUUUGUGAGAGAAUACGACAAGAAACUUUUACGCGCUUCCUUAUGGAAUGACACUCUCUUUUUGGCAAAAAUGAAUGUCAUGGAUUACUCUCUGGUGGUUGGAGUCGAUAACACGGAUCACACGCUGACAGUCGGAAUUAUCGAUUUCAUUCGUACGUUUACUUGGGACAAGAAACUAGAAAGUUGGGUCAAAGAAAGAGGAUUUGUAGGCGGCAGUACAAAAGAGCCAACCGUCGUAACUCCCAGACAGUACAAAAACAGGUUCAGGGUCGCCAUGGAGAGGUAUAUUUUAAUGGUGCCAGAUCCGUGGUUUCAAGAUAGCCAUAACUAG